GGUACCUGGGUUAUGCGGUGUAAGGCUAUCGGCUUUUGUAUAUACACAUCUAUGUAGGUAGCGGGCACCUUGGAGGCACAGCCCCUUACUUCACCGACGACCAGGCUUUCCAUACUUAGCAUAUAAUUAACACAUUACCUCCUACAUCCUCCCUCCAAAAACCUUUGCACUCACUGUCUCAAUAAUUACGUACCUAGAUACUAACUCAAGACUAACUUCACGAUGGCGACCCACCAUGUUCUCCUACUCGGCGGCAAUGGAAAAGUGUCUCGGCUGUUAACACCGAUGCUCCUUCAACGAUCAUGGGAUGUCACGAGCAUCAUUUACAACCCAGACCAGGUCGCUGAUCUACAGAAGCUCGGAGAGAAACCAUUUAGCGCAAAUAAUUACGGCAGACUGGAUGUCCUUGUUCGCAGCCUCGAGGAUGUCAAGAGCGAAUCGCAAGCUAAGAGCUUGAUUGAUGAGGUGAAGCCCGACUAUGUAGUCUGGAGUGCCGGUGCUGGAGGGAAAGGGGCACCAGAAAGGACCGAGGCAAUCGACCGCGAUGCUGCGAUCUAUUUUAUCCGUGCAUCAGUGGCAACCCCUUCCAUCACCAAGUUCGUGAUGAUAUCCUUUAUCGGGUGCCGCUAUAAAAAGGCACCCUGGGUGGACGAGGCACAUUGGCAGCAGUAUCUCAAGUCAACGCGAAAUCACUAUCAGAGGUACUACGAAGCCAAGCUUCCGGCGGAUGAGGUUUUGUAUGUCGAAGGAAAGAAGAGAAAGGACUUCGCAGGAAUCUGCCUCCGCCCGGGGCGGUUGACCAUGGAGCCCGCCGGCAACGUGAGCUUAGGGAAAUUUCCACGAGCGGAAGGGACUUCGAGCCGUCCGGCUGUCGCAUAUCUCGCGGCUUUGUUGCUCGAUGCCCCAGGUGUCAAGAAUUGCUGGUUAGAUAUGCUAGAUGGUGACGAGGAUCCGGAGGGAGCUGUCAAGAGAUGUGUUGAGCAAGGGGUGGACUGCGCUGAGGGAGAACAUUUUUACUGAUACCUACUAGGUACUCAUACUAUUGGAGAAUAAGCAAUAUAGGUGAAAUUGAAUUGACGCGACGAUGGUUCGUAAUGGCUGUAUCUUAACAUCUCAAGUUAUGUGCUACUCAGGCAUGUAGGUGGUGAUUUCUUAGCACUUUGCGUAUUGCACUCGUUCGGUACUACGUCUUGAG